AUGUCGAAUCCAUCCCAGCUCUUCCUUUUAGCAGACCACAUCAAACUCUCUCUCCUCGAACGACAACGCGCAAUAUCCCUCAGCCUCGAACCCAACACACAAGACGGCGAAAUCUCGCGAUCCUUAGAGUCCUUUCGGGAAAGUCUCGAGCGCCUCGAAAAUGACGCCACAAAUGCCGACGAAGAUACACAAGAACAAAUAAGCACAUUACGCACUCAAUACGACGACUUUGCAUCUCAGUUUUAUGGAAACAGCGAAGAGACGAGCGACGCUACAAAGGUACCGAACGAUCCAUCGCUAGGCCCGGAUUUUGCACAUGCGACUCGCGGGACAAAUCUGCAGCAACCUAUUCCGCAACAUCCGAUCUCCAAGUCGGUACGUUUUACAGAUGCAGACGAAGAAGACGAAGAAUACAACUCCAACAGAGCGGCACUACUACAACCCUACCGCGACGACCCCAAUAGCACCCGCGAAGAAGGACGCGCAUAUCUCGACACCAACAAUCUCGAUAACCAGCAAAUUCACGCUCACCACCAACAGAUCCUCUCCGAGCAGGAUGCGCAGUUGGACUCGCUGGGCGAAUCGAUUGGGCGACAGCACCAGCUGAGUAUCCAGAUCGGUGAUGAGUUAGAAGGGCAUAUUGCGUUGUUGGAUGAUGUGGAUGAGCACGUUGAUCGGCAUCAGGGACGACUGAAUAAUGCGCGCCGCAGACUGGAUAAGAUUCGACGGAAGGCCGGGGAUAAUUGGAGUAUGAUGACGAUUGUUGGCUUGAUUAUUGUGCUUGUUAUUUUGAUUGUUAUACUGAAGUAG